AUGGGGGUCCCUGUAUUUGAGGAUGUAAACGAUGAAGCUGAAGAGGAAAAAACAGGGGAAGAAGAAAAUGAAGACACGGUAUUCUUUAAGCCUGUGAUUGAAGACCUCAGCAUGGAAUUGGCCAAAAAAUGCACCAAACUCAUUAGUGACAUUCAUUAUAAAGAAGAAUAUAAAAAGUCUAAGGACAAGUGUACGUUUGUGCCUGACACGCCCAUGCUAAACCAUGUAAAAAACAUUGGUGCUUUUAUUUCUGAGGUUGCCUAUAAGCAGAAACAUGAUGCUGGCAGAGGAUUCUCAGAUUAUGCUCAUAUGAAGGAGCCACCCGAGAUCAAACAUGCCAUGGAGGUCAAUAAACACCAGAGUAAUAUUUCUUAUAGAAAAGAUGUACAGGACACCCACACGUACAGUGCAGAUCUCAACAGACCAGACAUCAAGAUGGCAACGCAGAUCUCCAAGAUCAUAAGCAAUGCAGAGUACAAGAAAGGGCAAGGAGUAAUGAAUAAAGAGCCUGCUGUAAUUGGAAGACCAGAUUUCGAACAUGCUGUGGAAGCUUCUAAACUUUCUAGUCAAAUUAAAUACAAAGAAAAAUUUGAUAGUGAAAUGAAGGAUAAGAAACAUCGUUACAAUCCUCUUGAAAACGCUUCUUUUAGGCAAAGUCAGCUUGUCACUGCACUGGUGAGCGAUGUGAAGUACAAGAAAGACAUUCAAAAUAUGCAUGAUCCAGUCUCGGAUCUCCCAAACUUGUUCUUAGACCAUGCUUUGAAAGCCAGCAAAAUGCUCAGCCGACGGGAGUAUAGAAAGCUUUUUGAGGAAAACAAAGGAAUGUACCAUUUUGAUGCGGACGCCGCUGAACACUUGCACCAUAAAGGCAACGCCAAGCUCCAGAGUCAGGUUAAGUAUAAAGAAGAGUAUGAGAAAAAUAAGGGGAAAUCGAUGCUUGAAUUUGUUGAGACGCCAUUGUAUCAAGCUUCAAAGGAGGCUCAAAAGAUGCAUAGUGAGAAAGUUUACAGAGAGGAUUUUGAGAAGGAGAUUAAAGGAAGGUCAUCACUCGAUUUAGACAAGACUCCAGAAUUUUUACAUGUUAAGUACAUCACCAACCUUCUGAAAGAGAAGGAAUAUAAAAAAGAUUUGGAAAAUGAAAUAAGAGGGAAAGGAAUGGAACUUAACUCAGACAUUCUUGACAUUCAGCGAGCAAAACGCGCAUCUGAAAUGGCAAGUGAGAAAGAAUACAAGAAAGACCUGGAGUCAAAAAUUAAAGGGAGGGGGAUGCACAUUGGCACUGACACCCUUGAAAUACAACAUGCCAAGAAAGCUUCAGAGAUAGCUAGUCAGAAAGACUAUAAGAGAGAUCUGGAGACUGAAAUAAAAGGGAAGGGCAUGCAGGUGGGCACAGACACUCCUGAUAUCCAGAGAGCUAAGAAGGCAUCCGAAAUGGCCAGCCAGAAAGAAUAUAAGAAAGACUUGGAAAAUGAAAUUAAAGGGAAAGGGAUGCAAAUAAGCAUGGACAUCCCGGACAUGCUUCGAGCCAAGAGGGCAUCGGAGAUCUAUAGCCAGAAAAAGUAUAAAGACGAAGCAGAGAAGAUGCUUUCUAACUAUUCUUCAGUGGCAGAUAGUCCUGAAAUGCAGAGAAUCAAGACAACUCAACAAAACAUUAGUGCGGUAUUUUAUAAGAAAGAAGUAGGAGCUGGCACGGCCAUAAAAGAUACUCCAGAGACUGAACGAGUGAAGAAAAAUCAGCAGAAUAUUAGUUCAGUGAAAUACAAAGGAGAGAUAAAGCAGGCAACAGCCAUCUCCGAUCCUCCAGUUAAGAGAGCCAAAGAAAACCAGGAGAACAUCAGCAAUCUCCGGUACAAAGAGCCGUGCCACAAAGCCACGCCCAUGAGCGUCACGCCAGAGAUGGAGAGGGUGAGGAGAAACCAGGAGCAGCUGAGUGCGGUAAAAUACAGAGGAGGGGUUAAACAAGCAACUUCAAUUUCUGAUCCACCAGAGCUGAAGAGAGCUAAAGAAAACCAGAAGAACCUCAGCAAUGUUUAUUAUAAAGGUCAGCUGGGAAGAGCCACAGCUUUAAGCGUAACUCCUGAAAUGGAAAGAGUGAAGAAGAAUCAAGAAAAUCUUAGUUCGGUAAAAUAUACCCAGGACCAUAAACAGAUGAAAGGUAGACCAAGUCUGAUUUUAGAUACGCCUGGUCUAAGAUAUGUCAAAGAAGCACAAAAUCAUAUUUCCAUGGUAAAGUAUCAUGAAGAUUUUGAAAAGACGAAGGGCAGAGGCUUUACUCCUGUUGUAGAUGACCCCGUGACAGAGCGAGUGAGGAAGAACACCCAGGUUGUCAGCGAUGCGGCCUACAAGGGCGUCCAUCCUCACAUUGUGGAGAUGGACCGGAGACCUGGAAUCAUUGUUGACCUCAAAGUUUGGCGCACAGAUCCUGGCUCCAUCUUCGACAUUGAUCCCCUGGAAGACAAUAUUCAGUCUAGAAGUCUCCAUAUGCUCUCUGAAAAGGCGAGUCACUAUAGGAGACAUCGUUCUCGCUCUCAUUCGAGCAGUACUUUUGGCACAGGUCUGGGAGACGACAAGUCAGAAAUAUCCGAGAUUUACCCCAGCUUUUCAUGCUGCAGUGAGGUAACCAGGCCAUCGGACGAAGGAGCACCUGUCCUUCCUGGAGCCUAUCAGCAAAGCCAUUCUCAAGGCUAUGGGUACAUGCACCAGACCAGCCUGUCAUCCGUGAGGUCAAUGCAGCACUCACCAAAUCUAAGGACCUACCGAGCCAUGUACGAUUACAGCGCCCAGGACGAAGACGAAGUCUCCUUCAGGGACGGCGACUACAUCGUCAACGUGCAGCCCAUUGACGACGGCUGGAUGUACGGCACGGUGCAGAGAACUGGGAAAACGGGGAUGCUCCCGGCGAAUUACAUCGAGUUUGUUAAUUAA